AGUAGAUGAGUCAUUUUUAUGGCCAAGAAACAAGAUGAAUGAAGACAUGAAGGAGAUUCAUCCUACUACUUUACCAGAAGUAGAAACAUGCGAGCCGCCAGCAAAGCGGCUCCGCAAGGCGACCAGUGGUAACGCUCCAUCUGCAGUAAGUAAAGGCGUCAAGAAAGAUGACACCACGUCGUUUGGCGCGACGCCUGUAUCCGACUUACGUGUUGAGAAGUGGGUCUCAAGCUUAUCGUGGUCAGUUGCAUCGUCAUAUGAUUCUUCAGCAACCUCAUCCGGUCGUGCACAGGAACCAUGUGGAGUAGCUCCUCCGGCAUCUGCUUCAUGUGGAAGACACGAAGAUCGAUCUGGCACAAAACGACAAGAGGGAGAGCGACAAGAAGAGGCACAUCAAAUAGUAAAACAAAUAUCAAAGCCUUGGUCUUUCCUACGCUUACUCCCCUACACGACGAUUUUCAGCACCUACGCGAAAAAGAGGUGGCUCGGUCGCGACCUCUUAGAGGUGUUUUCGAAGGAGUUUGUCAGAUUUGAUGCUGCUCACUAUGCGGAAAAGAUAAAAAACGGCGAUAUACGUGUUAAUGGAAAGAGAGUUGGAGGAGGUACUAUAGGUGCUGAUGCGAAAGCGACGUACACGAUCCAAAACGGAGACCACAUUACACACACGACAGAUAUUUGCGAGAAUGUCAUUUUGGCGGAGCCUGAGUUGCAAAUCAUCGCGGACUCUGAGGACUUACUGGUCAUCAACAAACCCGCAUCCCUGCCGGUUCAUCCAGUUGGGAGUUACAAGUACCUCACGGUGACGGGGUUGCUGGAGGCGGGACGAUAUGUUAAAAAUAGGUCUGCUGGGGUGGAUGGAGAUGGAGAUGGUUCUUUGGAAGAGGACCAAAAAAAUCAUAUAGGAGAAGUAGAAACGGAAGCAUCGUCAAACGCGCUUCUAUCAAGUUGUAGUAGUUCUUCUUCUUCACCUCCCUCAAAGUCAAAGCCAAGAACAAGAACAAAGUCUUCAACUUUUACAGAAGAGCCGUGGCUUGCCGCUCUUGCUUCUGCAGAACAUGAUUCUAGAUCGACUAGUUCGGGUUCCAACAGAACAAGAGUAUCUGGUGUAUCAUACACGUCUCUGCACACAACGCACCGCUUAGACCGCUUUACUUCGGGACUCGUUCUCCUUGCCAAAACAAAGGAUAGAGCCCGGUCAAUCCAGACAGAGUUCACCUCUGGCAGUAUUAGGAAAACGUAUUUAGCCGUCGUGCAAGGGAAUAUGAUCGAGAAAAUUUCAGCACGGUGGUUGCUGACUGCUAAAUCAGAAGAUAAUAGUACUAGUAGUACUAGGACUACUUCUACGUCAUGUGGAGAUCAUGAACAUGAAGAUAGUACUUCUAAAACUUCACCUGAAGAACCCGGUAAAUACGACGAUGUAACGGUGCUUCAUCUACCAGCACGUGCACCUUCUGGGGUAGCAAUAGCGACAGCAACAAGUGAGCAGAGUCUCGCGAUCAUAGUUCACGGUAAGAUGCGUUGUGCUUCUCACAAACAGGCAAAACAUGAGUUCCUUUCUUUACAUACAGCUAAGGAAGACAAUGUUAGAGACGACACAGCGAAAUACAGCGAGACUUUGUUUGUGCCCUUGAAACACGAUACCGCGACAAAUACCACAUUGGUGUUGUGCAAGCCGGUAACCGGUAGAACACAUCAGAUCCGAGUUCACCUUCAAUUUCUCGGAUGUCCUAUUGUCAAUGACGCAUGCUACAACGAGGACUACCACAAGCGCCGCGGUGGAAAAAAAGCGUCCGAUGAUCUUCACCACGAGAAGGUUGGAGAUGAACAGAAAGUUGCGAGGCAAGUGUUAGAAAAACAGCUAGAUGAACAACGAUUACUAGAUAUAGAAGGAGGUGCUACAACUUCUAACAGUGAUACGACGCAUACGACGACGAACGACAAUAUUCUAGAUAGAAGGAGCAACAAGUCAUUGUCAGUGGGUACAGCUACAGCAGACUACGUGGUAGAGACUACAGACGAUUAUCCUCUUUUCCCGGGUGGCCAUUACUCGGGAAUUUUUCUGCAUGCGAUACGUUACGCUGGAGAGGAGUGGAUUUUUGAGACACCCUUGCCAUGGUGGGCCACGAGAUUCCUCGUUGACUCAACAGAAUGUGCCUCACAACCGCAGGCGCAGCCUCUACUACACCUUCCAUGUGUUUACGAGCACCUGCUGCAGCAGUCAGUAGAAGAAAUUCGAAGUAGAGCUUCUUCAUCUGCUACGGAACAACCCUAGUAUGUAAGCCAAGUCCCGUCAGGAUAAGUUGCUCCCAGAACCAUACUCACAUAAGGACGCAAUACUAAGCCAGACUACCCAUGAUGUUGUUACAACCUAACAGCAACUUCUUUUUUACAUUUACUACUAGAUUGAAGGUGAGCGAGCGUGAGGUGAAUCAUCUUCAGGGGCUCUAGAAUGCCUUCAUCAGCUACAUUCGCAGAGUCCUG